CCUGCGUUGGGAAAGCUCCUCCGCCUCCUGCUCCCAGCCUGCCCGGCCCAGGCACCAGGAUGGCCAUUGGACAGUCUCUACUGCUUCUCCAUAGUCCUUCACCCCUUCUCCUUCUCCUCUUCCUCCUGAGCAGGGGAAUAGAGGCUGAAACCAUUGAAGAUCCUGACCUGCUGGUGACAGUAAAGGAGGGCAAACUUCGUGGGAUUCACCUUAGUGCCCCAGGGGGCCCUGUUUCUGCCUUUCUGGGUAUCCCCUUUGCUGAGCCCCCAGUGGGACCUAGGCGCUUCUUGCCUCCAGAACCCAAACGGGCAUGGAAAGGGGUCUUAGAUGCUACAUCCUUUCAGCAUGUCUGCUACCAAUAUGUGGACAACCUGUAUCCAGGUUUCCAAGGGUCUGAGAUGUGGAACCCUAACCGGGAGUUAAGUGAGGACUGCCUAUAUCUUAAUGUGUGGACACCCUCUCCUCGACCAGUGGUUCCUGCACCAGUCCUGGUCUGGAUCUAUGGGGGUGGCUUUUACAGUGGGGCCUCCUCCCUUGAUGUUUACGAUGGACGAUUCCUAGCCAGGGUUGAGGGCACUGUGCUUGUUUCCAUGAAUUACCGAGUUGGUGCCUUUGGCUUCCUGGCACUGCCAGGGAGCCGGGAGGCACCAGGCAACAUGGGGCUGCUAGACCAGCGUUUGGCAAUGCAGUGGGUGCAGGACAAUGUGGCAGCCUUCGGAGGGGACCCAAGGUCAGUGACACUCUUUGGGGAAAGCGCUGGAGCUGCCUCCGUAGGCAUGCAUCUGCUUUCACCUCCAAGCCGUGGCCUGUUCCAUCGGGCAGUGUUGCAAAGUGGGGCUCCCAAUGGACCCUGGGCCACUGUGGGGGCAGGUGAGGCUCGUAGACGAGCCACCCUGCUGGCCCAGUUGGUGGGCUGUCCCACUGGCAGCAAUGACACUGAGCUGGUGGUCUGCCUGAGGACCCGUCCAGCCCAGGACCUUGUGGACCAGGAAUGGCAGGUGCUGCCCCAACAGAGUGUCUUCAGAUUCUCCUUUGUUCCUGUUGUGGAUGGAGACUUCCUCAGUGACACUCCUGAGGCUCUCAUCAAUGCUGGGGACUUUCAUGGCCUGCAGGUGCUGGUAGGUGUAGUACAGGAUGAAGGCUCCUAUUUCCUGGUCUAUGGGGCCCCAGGCUUCAGCAAAGACAAUGAGUCUCUGAUCAAUCGGGCCCAGUUCCUGGCUGGAGUGCAGGUUGGGGUCCCUCAAGCAAGUGAGCUGGCAGCAGAGGCUGUGGUUCUGCAUUACACCGACUGGCUACAUCCUGAUGACCCUGCACGACUUCGUGAGGCCUUGGGUGAUGUUGUGGGUGACCACAAUGUGGUAUGUCCUGUGGCCCAGCUAGCAGGAGGACUUGCUGCACAAGGUGCCCGAGUUUAUGCCUACGUCUUUGACCAUCGAGCCUCUACGUUGUCCUGGCCCCUCUGGAUGGGUGUUCCCCAUGGCUAUGAGAUUGAAUUUAUCUUUGGCCUUCCCCUUGAACCAACACUCAACUACACUGGCGCUGAAAGAAUCCUAGCCCGGCGCCUGAUGAGAUACUGGGCCAACUUCGCCCGUACUGGCGACCCCAACGAGCCCCGGGAGCGCGAAGCCCCGCGCUGGCCUCCCUACACGGCGGGGGCUCAGCAAUACGUAAGCCUCAACCUGCGGCCUCUGGAAGUACGGCGAGGGCUCCGCGCGCAGGCCUGCGCCUUCUGGAAUCGAUUCCUGCCCAAGUUGCUCAGCGCCACGGACAGCCUGGAUGAGGCGGAACGCCAAUGGAAGGCGGAGUUCCACCGCUGGAGCUCCUACAUGGUGCACUGGAAGAACCAGUUCGACCAUUACAGCAAACAGGAGCGCUGCUCAGACCUGUGAAGGGGCUCGGGACCCUGGGAUCUCCCUCGCCACUCCAGCAAGCUGGCCUCCCUCUCUCUCCUCGGCCCACAGCUGUAUAUACUAUUUAUUUCAGGGCUGGGAUAUAACGCGGAUAAAGCCGCGGGGCUGGCCCCACCCUCCAGGGCUCUCUCCGCCCCCUGCAUGUCCGGGGCCGAGUCCCCUCCCCCCGCGGUGCCUUCGCCCCUCUGGGCCGCCAAUAAACUUAGUCACAGA